GGAAAGGGGAGGGCGUCUGAGUCAGGGGAGGUGAAAGGGGAAGCUUUUUCUGUGUCAGAAAAGUUAAACCUUCACACCCUUCCACUGAAACACCUCCUGGAAGUAUCUCUGCAUCUCAACUUUUACAACAAAGAACAGGCAACAUGGCUUUGGUACACGAGUUUCUGGGACAGCUGAGCAUCAACGUGGGGAAUGAACCCACAUUCCCCACUGUGGUACCCGCUAUGGACUUCGACCCCAACAGAGAUGCUGCCAGAAUAGAUACUGCCAUCAAAACCAAAGGAGUGGAUGAACAGACCAUCAUUGACAUCCUGACGAAGCGGACCUACGCACAAAGGAGAGAGAUCGCUUUUGCAUAUGAAAGAAGGACAAAGAAGGACAUGAUCUCAGCCCUGAAUGGAGCGCUGUCUGGCUCCCUGGAAUCGGUGAUCCUCGGACUGAUGAAGAGCACGACCCAGUACGAUGCCUCAGCGAUCAGAGGAUCUAUCAAGGGCUUGGGAACGGAUGAAGAAACACUGAUUGAGGUUUUGUGCUCACGCAGCAAUACCGAGCUGGUGGAGAUCAAGAAGGUCUACAAGGAGUUGUUCAAGGUUGACCUGGAGAAAGACGUGAAAGGUGACACCUCUGGGAACUUCGCCAAGCUGCUCUUGGCUCUGGUGGAGACAAAGAGAGCAGACCCGUCAGCCAUCGUAGACUAUGAAAAGAUUGAUCAAGAUGCCAGAGCACUCUUUGAGGCCGGCAUAAAUAUGAAAGGAACUGAUGUGCCGACCUGGAUCUCCAUCAUGACUGAGAGGAGCGUACCCCACCUGCAAAAAGUGUUUCAGAGGUACAAGAGUUACAGCCCCUACGACAUGCAGGAGAGCAUCAUGAAGGAAGUUAAAGGAGACUUGCAGAGGUCCUUCCUGGUGUUAGUUAAGUGCUUUGAAAACAAACAGCUGUACUUUGCCAGCAGACUGCACGAUGCCAUGAAGAGUAAAGGAGCCAAAGAGAAGAUAGUGACCAGGAUUAUUGUGUCACGCUGCGAGGUGGACCUCAAGAAGAUCUGCUCUGAAUACAAGGCCAACUUUGGAGAGUCUGUGCAGAAGACUAUUAUGGAACACACCAAAGGAGACUACCAGAAGGUGCUGCUCAGCCUUUGCGGACCAGAGGAGUAAAAAGGAAUCAUCAGUAUGAGAAGGGCCACAUUUGCACCACAGGGAAGGUGGGCUUACAAGUAUCGCUCUUGGAACCAAAAGCCCAUCCUACUUUAUCUGCACAUAUUUGAAUGCAACAAUCAAUGAGACGCAUUAAUCUUUUUGAUACAUAAAGAAUCUGUAAUACAGCUUACUUUUGUUAUACCAAAACGGCAAUUAAAGUUACUUUGUUGGA